GCGGAACGAAAGGCGGGAGAAUUCAGAAUAACAUUACGCCGUCGCGAUGAGACGCUGAAACACAUCGUCCUUGAUGUGGCGAGAGCUCGACUAUGAUAUCGCUUCACAAAAACCAGCUCGCAAUAUGGAUAUUGUUAUAUAUACUAGAUUAUAGCACCAGUUUUGAAUAUAGAACAAUAUGGACGAAUCUUAAUAACAAACAGCUUUGCGGAGUUCCACCUUCUGCUCCCUGGAAGGCCUGGCAACGGCUCUAUUAUGAUAACUCAAAUAAAAUCAUUAGCCUCAAGCAACUACCCUAUAUCAACGGACCAAGAUAUGGUAAAGUAAACAUAACAAACUUUGGAAACUAUGAAACAAUAAAUAACAAACAUGGAGCAAAAUCUUUACGUCAUGAUGAUCGCGAUCAAAUUAUCGAAAACACGAAAGAAAAUGUACUACUUAGCUCAAGAAGCAAAACUUUUUCUUUAAUUGGAUACGACGAGGAAAUCUAUAAAAUAAUGCAAAAAUUUACUAUGAGCGAACAAACAGGCCCUAUAGUUGUUUACUUUUACUUGUCUCAAAACCAUACAUAUUCGAGCAUCGGAUUGUUAAGAACGACUCCACGCAUAUUGGACUCAAUUCUAUCUAAAUAUAAUUACUUCAACUGUGUUAAUUCAAAUCAUAUAAUGAUUCCUCGAAAAAAUAAUAUAUUUUACGCAGAUGAGUGCUUGAAGGACUGUGAUAGACUAGUUACGAAUAUAAAACUAAAAGAUAACGAUGACAUGGAAUCUUAUGUGGAUUGUUUUGCAAACAGAUGUCUUAAUGGAAAAGAUAACUACCAAAAUAAUAUAGUAAUAAAUAAUGAAAACAGUUUAAAUAUUAACGACAGUCCAGCUAAACAUUCGAUUGAUAAAUAUUACAGCGAGAAACCUAGUCCAAUUCGUGAUAACCCACAACAUAUGCAUUUUGAGUCAUACUAUAAUCCUAUCCCAGUGCGAGAAUUUAUGUCGCAUCCGAGUCACUUAGAAAGCAAUGAAUUUAAAUUGAAGGCUUCCAAUAACGACAAUAACUUUGAAAUUAUUAAGAACAAUGUCGAUACACAAACUACUAACACUAGCCCCGCGGAAAACCUGAAUAAUGCAAUAAUCUUAGAGGGAAAUUUCAUUAAGGAAAAUUUUAAACCGCCUGAAAUGAAUUACGAUCCAAGCUCUAAUAAUAAAAUUGACACUUAUAUAUCCUAUGGUAAAAAUAAAAAUUUACAACAAAUGUACAAUACAAGAGACGAUCAAAGAGCGGUGGACAAUAUACCUUAUAAUAUAAACUACAAAGAAGACCAAAACGGGCAAUUGGUUUUUCCAUACAAAUUGACAAGUUCAGAAAUUUUCGAUACUGCGUUAGCAAACAACCAAAUAGAAUAUUUACCUUCCCAAAAACUUUUAAAAGAAAAAUCAUUGUUUCCUAAACAAUAUUUGAAUUCACCAUCAAUAGCUGAAGCACAUUAUUCAAUUCCAAGAAUAUUACCAUAUUCGUCAAUUAAGUCUGAUAUUCAAAAAAAAUCUUCAGCAUAUCCAACUAAUGAAAAUAUUAAACAUUUUAAUUAUGCGAAACCAAGACUAUUUCCAGCAUACGCUCAAACUUUUGAUUCGGAAAGUUUAAAUUCAAAUCCGUCUUUACCGUAUAUGUAUAAGCCUGAGACCGGUUAUAACAUGCAAAGGUAUAAUUUAGUAGAGACGAACGAAAGUAAAGCUUCUAUCGCAAAACUAUCAGCGAUACCUUACGAACUGAAGUCCAGCCAUAUUCCAAAACUGAAUCAAUACAAUAUAGUGUCUGAGAAAAGUCCUGACCCCAGCACCCUUACCUACAUACAUACUCCAACUGCACUACAACGGCCAGGUUUUUAUGCCCAAAAAGACCUACAAAAUUUAAAGGUUGUACCUUCUCAAGGCCUCAAUUCUAAUACUUUUAAACAAAAUUUACAAACACUUCCUUUGCUCGCUUAUAAGAAACCUGUGCCAGUCAUUAACAAGAAAAUAAACUCCGAUUAUAUACCUUCAGUAUCAUAUUAUACACUAUAUAGCUUUAAUAAACCUCAUAGUGUAUCACCUAAAGACUACUCACCAACCAAUUUUAUUUCUCCCCUAAAGGUGAACCUUAAACCUUGGUAUGAGACUAUGCAAACAACUAAUAAAAAUCCAACAAAACCAAAAGCAAUCACUUUAGACUCGUCUAUAGUAACACUCAAUUCUCCGAAGAAGCCACAGCAUAUAUUUAUUAAACCAAGAAAACUAAUCACAACUCCAUCAUUAAAUAUUCCAUGUAACUUAGUGCCGAUUCAACUGGAUAAAACUUACAAUCCUGAAUCAAACAUAAAUGAGAUCUCAAUGGAUGGUCUAUCCAAAUCGAAAUCAAAAUAUUUGCCAAGAUGUGAUGACAAGUUGCAUUUGUUACAAACGCCUUUCAGUGCAAAAGAUGAUGAAUCUUUACCACGCCAUACCAAUAAAGAGAAUACUCCCAGCGUCAAGUUUACUCAAUGGAAACCAAUAUUAUUAGCUAAAGAUUUUAUAGAACCAAAUUUUCCUUACAAUGUUGCAAAUCAUAAAAAUAAAGUAACUCCUUUCGUCACACCCUCGCAAGAAGUAUAUCAAACCAUUCCAAAAACGAAUGAUGUGAUACCAUUAGAUGUAGAGUAUACGACAAGUAAAAUACCCUCUUUUUAUGACAGUCAUAAUCCCACUAAAAUUAUUUCAGUACUGCCGAAAACAGGCAGUACUGAGAAUUAUAAAACAAGCGUAGAAAGUCAAAAACUACCGUUUAAAAAGACUUUUAACCCGAAGAAGUUAAAUGUUAUUCCGCAUUAUCAAAGUAUUUUAAACAAAAAAGCGCCAACUUGGGUUCAAAAAUAUCAACCAGUUGACGGCUUUCCAAGCCAAAACGUGAAUCAGAAUUUAUUUACUAAAAACUUUAAAAGUAACGACAACCAAGAAAGAGAUCCUAUAAUAGAUUUAGACAAAGCGACAACGGGUAUACCACAGUAUAAAGUUUUUAAUGCUCCAAAUGCAAAAACAACAAAAUAUUACUGUCCCUCCAACAGAUACCCAUCAUUUUUAAAUAUUCAAAAUGAUAUUAAUAGUCCUACUACUACCACCACAAGUUUUACGUCACGAAACCCAACGCCACAUAGCCAACAUUCACUUUUUACAGAACCUCAAGAUAAAAACAACAAAGUACAAAGUAUUUCUAAUGGGAUUGCUAGCCCAUGUCAUUUUCCUCCUUUAUCUCAAACGUCAAAAACAUAUAAACCUCAAUUUUCAGAAAAAUUAAAAGAAUUAACACAUCAAGAAGCAGUUUCACAUACUACAGAACCUCAAAAUAAAAGCAACGAAGAACAAAGUAUUUCUAAUAGGAUUGCUAGCUCAUGUUAUUUUCCUCCUUUAACGCAAACAUCAAAAACAUAUAAACCUCAAAUUUCAGAAGAAUUAACACAACAAGAAUCCAUUCCACGUCAAAAUAAUCAGCGAAAUUUCAAAAACCUCGAGUUGCCUUUAGCAAGCUCUACGAGCUACAAAAACCCUUCUUUGUAUGUGCCAAAUUAUUUCAAUAAUAUUCCGCCCAAUCCACAACUAGCAACACUUUCAACAGCCACAUAUCACCCAGAUACUGAGAUUCAGAAUAGUCCAGCUGUUAACUUCGCUCAACCACUGAAAAUCUUAGAUGAAAAAGAGUAUUUCAAAUCACCGAAUGUUGAAUAUUACAAUCCAACAUCCAAAUUUAAGGCGAAACCUUUUAUCACGCCUCUUACGCCAAGAGUAGAACUUCUACCACCAAAAAGAAAAAACAUGGACUUGUUGAAUGCAGCAUACUUUCCGAGUAAAAUUAACACCAUAUGUAAUAAUACUGCAUUUAGUGAAACUUCUAAGCUUUCUGAUAUAGAUGAUACAAAUAAUUACUUAGCAAGUGUAGAAGUGCCAAAAGUGCCUCCAAGAAUUUCUUUAAAUCGAGAUGAAAUAAAAAAUAUUAAGAAUACUCCUUCCACACAUAUAAGUCAACAUACUCCAUCUUGGAUAAAAAAAUAUUACCACUAUCCGUUACAAACCCUUCACAAUCUUCCAAUCCAAAUUAACAAGCAACAUAUUUUUGAAAAACCAGCAAUUCCAAUGUCGCAUAAAGAAACAAAAUUGGGCCAAAAUAGGAUUACUGAAUCAUACGAUUUCCCUAUGUCACAAAUAUUACAAUCCUAUAGACCGCAACCUCUCGAAGUACCAAAACUAUCAAAGCAAAAUGAUGAGCUAACUCCACAAUCAAAAACUAAAGUAACAGAAUUUGAGCCUCCUCAACACCAACAACCAGAUUUUCAAAACGUCACCUUUUCUCAAGCAAACGGAUCAAAUUAUAGAAUACCUCCUUUAAAUCCGUAUAGUCUCAAGAGCAUGUUACGCAAUGUACAACCAGCCAGAGCUCCUACAGCUACAAAUCAACAAAGUAAUUUAAAUUUCAAUCAAGAAAGAAACAUCAAAGAAUUACAUGGUAAUUUAUAUUUCCAACGAAAUGGCCAGGGCCUACCAAACUUAGCCAAUAAAGGGCCAGUAUCAUCAACUCCAUACAUCCAUAAAUAUCCACCGUUUGAGUUUACAAAUCCCAUGUGGACAAUUUCACCUCAAACUUUAUCCAAUAAUUCAUUAGAGCCAAAACAACAAAUUAAAUUUGCACCAAUGAAAAAUUCACUUGAACAAAUUAAAUGGUACAAAAAUAUUCCUUGUUACGCUAGUGGCGAUGACUAUAAAAUUCAAAAUCCGAAACUUAAUUACGUUAAACCCUUUGAUUAUGAAACAAAUGGAUACUACCCAAAAAUAUCUAAACAAAAAGGAUUACAGCCCUGUGUUAGCAAUACUGCCAAGUUUUAUGAUCCUUUAAUAUUAAAUCCUCAUACCACGUCUUCGCAAACAAAACCAACAAACCUAGCGCUUGAACCCACAAGAUUUUCGAAUCCAGAAAAGUUGUGGACUCCAACAUUAAAUCAUGAUUUACGAACACCUGAAUAUUUUCCAACCUUUUCAACAACACAAAUUAAAUAUUACACGCCUCCAGUUACUAAAAAUGUUAAUCCUAUAAAACAACCAUUAGUGUGUGUUAAUAACAACAAAAUAAAUUAUUAUAAAAAACCGAUUAACCCAAGUUCAAUUAGGAAAACUAUAUAUUUUACACCUGAUUAUCAACAAGGAAUAAAUGUUGAAAACGCUAGUAGAAAAGUAUCUCCCAUCGUGUAUCAACCACAACAUCCCAUACAUAAAAACUUUACAAAAUUGUCUACAUUACACAAACCUCUGCAAUCUUAUUUGGAACCAGAAAAGUCACUCGCCUCACAUUACGAGAUGCCAAAAGCAUUAGUAAAAUUUUCAAGCGUAGCCCCCACUGAAAGAAUAAAAUACAACAUAUGGCCCGCGAAGUAUUCGCAAAAUCUAAGUACACGGAGUCCAAUUCCAAGCUCUUCGAAUUUGCAACAAAAUUCACCUUACUCGUCACGGCCAUCCCAAAAUCAGGAAAACAAUAUAAAUCAAAUAAAUAAUAUUGUAAAAAAUCAAUUCGUGAAAGAACCUGUAUCUUACAUUCAAGGCAGAGGUCGAUCAAACGGUCAUAAAUACGAUACAUUACGGAACGAUUCACCAUGUUCAUUACUGUCUGUGCCUAUACCUAUGAAUUCUUACAGCCCUAGCGCUUCUAUAAUUAGUAAAAAAUCAGGGAUACCGAAACCAUAUCCAAAAUCUACAUUUAACAGCAAAACAAAAGCGAAUCCUACUUUAAAACUAAAUACAAUUUCAACUUCAGCAGUAGCUCCUAUUAUAAAUAAACCUAAAACACAAUCAUAUCCAUACAUAAAUCAACAAUCAACACAAUGUGUAUUUAACACACUAUUUGAAGAUCUGAAAGAUAGUAGUGGUAACCACAGAAUUUUGACUUCAGCAGUAGCUCCUUUUAUAAAUAUAACACCAUCUCUUGAAAUGCAACCAAAUCCAUAUAAAUAUACGCCCAAAUUAAAAAAUCUAAAAGAUAGUGAAGGUUUCAGAAUUCCGGCUUCAGCAGUAACUCCUAUCACGAACAUCUAUAGCAAAAUACCUUCUCUUAAAGCAUGGUCAAAUCCAUAUAAAUAUACGCCUACAUUUAAAUAUUUGAAAGAUAGUAGUGCUAACAACAGGAUUCUGACUUCAGCAGAAACUCCUAUUAUAGAUAUAACACCAUCUUUCAAAACAAAAUCAAAUACAUAUAAAUACACACCAUUAGAAGAUCUUAAAAAUGUGAAGAAAAAGAGUGUUGAUCACAGAAUUCCGACUUCGGCAGAAACUCCUAUUAUAAUUAUAAUACCAUCAUUCAAAACAAAAUUAAAUCCAUAUAAAUACGCAACAAUAGAAGAUCUUAAAGAUGUCGCUGUUGACCAUAAAACACGAACAAAUCCAUACAAAUAUGCACCAUUUGAAGAUCUUAAAGAUAGUGGUAGUGCCCACGGAAUUCCGGCUUCAGCAGUAGCUCCCUUUAUCAAUUUAGCACCAUCUCUAGAAACACGACCCAAUUCAUAUAAAUACACACCAUUUGAAGAUUUUAAAGAUAGUGGUGGUAACCCCAGAAUCCCAACUUUAGCAGUAGCUCCUAUUAUAAACAUGACACCAUCUCUUAAAACACGAACAAAUCCAUAUAAAUACACACCAUUAGAAGAUCUUCAAGAUAGUGGUGGUAACUACAGAACUCCAACUUUAGCAGUAGCUCCUAUUAUAAAUAUGAUACCAUCUCUUAAAACACGAACAAGUUCAUAUAAAUACACACUAUUAGAAGAUCUUCAAGAUAGUGGUGGUAACUACAGAACUCCGACUUUAGCAGUAGCUCCUAUUAUAAACAUGACACCAUCUCUUAAAACACGAACAAAUCCAUAUAAAUACACACCAUUUGAAGAUCUUAAAGAUAGUGGUGUUUUAUACCACAGAAUUACAACUUCAGCAGUAGCUCCUAUUAUAAACAUUACACCAUCUCUUAACAUACGACCAAAUCCAUAUAAAUACACGCCUACGUAUUUUAAAGAUCAAAAAGAUGGCGGUGGCAACUUCAUAAUUCCGACUUCCGGAGUAACUCCUAUUAUGAACAUGACACCAUAUAAAUACACACCAUUUAAAGAUAGAAAAGAUAGUGGUGGUUACCACAAAAUUCAGACUUCAGCAGAAAGUCCCAUUAUAAACAUAACACCAUCCCUUAAAACACGAACAAAUCCAUAUAAAUACUCAUCAUUUGAAGAUCUUGUAGAUAGUGGUGGUAGCCACGGAAUUCCGGUUUCAUCAGAAACUCCUGUUACAAACAUAGCACCAUUUCUUAAAACACGAUCUAAUCCAUACAAAUACACACCAGUAAAAGAUCAUAAAGAUAUAAGUAGUGCUAACCACAGAAUUUCGGCUUCAGCAAAUACUUCUAUAAUGAAAAAAGUACCAUCUCUUAAAACACGACCAAAUCCAUAUAAAUACACGCCUACAUAUUUUAAAGAUGAAAAAUAUGGCGGUGGUGACCUUAGAAUUCCAACUUCUGGAGUAACUCCUAUUAUAAACAUGACACCAUAUAAAUACACACCAUUUAAAGAUCGAAAAGAUAGUGGUGAUCACUACAGAAUUCAGACUUCGGCAGAAAGUCCUAUUAAAAACAUAAUACCAUCUCUUAAAACACGAUCAAAUACAUUUAAAUACACACCAUUUGAAGAUCCAAAAAAUAUUGAUAAAUUUUACGAGAGUCGAGCAGGUUUCACUAAUGGUAAAAUAAGUAUACCAUUCCGCGACAUGGGUCUCGCUAAGUAUGAAAUCACAAAACCGAACGAAUACUUCGUGAAAACUGAAAUUCCGGGUUUAUUCAUAAAGGCUUGGGGCUCGAGAAUAAAGAUUAUAAGACCGAGGCUAGUCCUCGACGUGAAGGAGUACGAGGGUUACAAUUUUAUGCCAGUAAUAAAGAAUCAUUAUUACAGUCCGGAGUUCGCUCAAAAUGUGGCAAAAGAUAUCGUUACGAGGUUGUACGGGGAGCCUAUUGUGAUAGACGGUGUGUACAGGCCGACCAGCCCAUACGCGGUAAAACGUCACUGCUUGAUUGCGCUGUAA